CACACGUUCCUAUGAAACUUCUCAGCGCUUCUCAACUAGAACACGGACCAACCUAUAUCCACUUCCUGUGGCGGCAGGAAACGUGCGAGCUGCAGGCAUGGUGUGGUCUGCAGCUGAGGUUCUCAGAGCCUCAGGGGGCUCCAUCCCACCCCAACUCUAGAGUUAGUUCACCCUCCAAGAGGGCAAACCCUCCGGAGAGCCUCCCUCGCUGCCCAGAGCCACCCACCGCCUCUGUCUCCCCAUCUGCUGUGAUCUGAGUGUCUGCCCCCACAAAUCCCUGUGCUGGACAAGCAUCCAAGGACUGCGAUGUGCCGGACUUAGCUGCUGUCUGAGAGGAUGUCUGGGGUGUCCGAGCCCCUGAGCCGAGUGAAGGUGGGCACGCUACUCCGGCCUGAAGGCCCCCCAGAGCCCAUGGUGGUGGUGCCAGUGGACGUGGAGAAGGAGGACGUGCGGAUCCUCAAGGUCUGCUUCUACAGCAACAGCUUCAACCCCGGGAAGAACUUCAAGUUGGUCAAAUGCACGGUGCACACCGAGGUCCGGGAGGUCAUCGCCUCCAUCCUGCUGAGCGGGCGGAUCGGGCCCAACAUCCAGCUGGCCGAGUGCUACGGGCUGAGGCUGAAGCACAUGAAGUCGGACGAGACCCACUGGCUGCACCCGCAGAUGACGGUGGGAGAGGUGCAGGACAAGUACGAGUGCCUCCACGUGGAAGCAGAGUGGAGGUAUGACCUUCAGAUCCGCUACUUGCCAGAGGACUUCCUGGAGAGCCUGAAGGAAGACCGGACCACACUGCUCUAUUUUUACCAACAGCUCCGGAGUGACUACAUGCAACGCUACGCCAGCAAGGUCAGCGAGGGCAUGGCGCUGCAGCUGGGCUGCCUGGAGCUCAGACGCUUCUUCAAGGACAUGCCCUACAAUGCCCUCGACAAGAAGUCCAACUUCGAGUACCUGGAGAAGGACGUGGGUCUGGACGUGUUCUUCCCAAAGCAGAUGCAGGAGAACUUGAAGCCCAAGCAGUUCCGCAAGAUGAUCCAGCAGACCUUCCAGCAGUACGCCUCGCUGCGGGAGGAGGAGUGCGUCAUGAAGUUCUUCAACACCCUGGCGGGCUUCGCCAAGAUCGACCAGGAGACCUACCGCUGUGAACUCAUUCAAGGGUGGAACAUCACCGUGGACCUGGUCAUCGGCCCCAAGGGCAUCCGCCAGCUGACAAGCCAGGAUGCAAAGCCCACGUGUCUGGCUGAGUUCAAGCAGAUCAAGUCCAUCAUGUGCCUGGCGCUGGAGGAGGGCCAGGCCAUACUGCAGCUGGGCAUUGAGGGUGCCCCCCAGUCCUUGUCCAUCAAAACCUCCUCUCUGGCAGAGGCCGAGAACAUGGCUGACCUCAUAGACGGGUACUGCCGGCUGCAGGGGGAGAACAAAGGCUCUCUCAUCCUGCAUCCCAGGAAGAGCACGGGUCUGAUGAAAGAUGGUGAGAAGCGGAACAGCCUGCCCCAGAUCCCUGUGCUGAGUCUGGAGCCUGGCAGACCACCGCUGUCGGAAAGCUGCAGCAUAGAGUCGGACAUCUACAUGGAGAUCCCCGAUGAGACCCUGCGGCAGCCGGCAGGCACCCACUACAGUGUCGCCCGGGAAGACGUGGUUCUGAACCGGAUUCUUGGUGAAGGCUUUUUUGGGGAGGUUUACGAAGGCGUCUACACGAAUCACAAAGGGGAGAAGAUCAACGUGGCCGUGAAGACCUGCAAGAGGGACUGCACCCUGGACAACAAGGAGAAGUUCAUGAGCGAGGCAGUGAUCAUGAAGCACCUCGACCACCCGCACAUCGUGAAGCUGCUCGGCAUCAUCGAGGAGGAGCCCACCUGGAUCAUCAUGGAGCUGUACCCUCACGGGGAGCUGGGCCACUACCUGGAGAGGAACAAGAACUCCCUGAAGGUGCUCACGCUGGUCCUGUACUCGCUGCAGAUCUGCAAGGCCAUGGCCUACCUGGAGAGCGUCAACUGCGUGCACAGGGACAUCGCCGUCCGGAACAUCCUGGUGGCCUCCUCGGAGUGUGUGAAGCUGGGGGACUUCGGCCUCUCCCGCUACAUUGAGGACGAGGAGUAUUACAAGGCCUCCGUGACGCGUCUCCCCAUCAAGUGGAUGUCCCCUGAGUCCAUCAACUUCCGCCGCUUCACCACGGCCAGCGACGUCUGGAUGUUCGCCGUGUGCAUGUGGGAGAUCCUGAGCUUCGGGAAGCAGCCCUUCUUCUGGCUGGAGAACAAGGACGUCAUCGGGGUGCUGGAGAAGGGGGACCGGCUGCCCAAGCCCGACCUCUGCCCGCCCAUCCUCUACACCCUCAUGACCCGCUGCUGGGACUACGACCCCAGCGAGCGGCCCCGCUUCACCGAGCUCGUGUGCAGCCUCAGUGACAUUUAUCAGAUGGAGAAAGACAUCGCCAUAGAGCAGGAGAGGAAUACUCGCUACCGACCCCCCAAAAUCUUGGAGCCCACAGUCUACCAGGAGCCGCCACCCAAGCCCAGCCGGCCCAAGUACAGGCCCCCUCCACAAACCAACCUGCUGGCGCCCAAGCUGCAGUUCCAGGUCCCCGAGGGCCUGUGUGCCAGCUCACCUACGCUCACCAGCCCUAUGGAGUAUCCAUCUCCUGUAAAUUCGCUGCACACCCCGCCUCUCCACCGGCACAAUGUCUUCAAGCGCCACAGCAUGCGGGAGGAGGACUUCAUCCGGCCCAGCAGCCGCGAGGAGGCCCAGCAGCUGUGGGAGGCCGAGAGGGCCAAGAUGCGGCAGAUCCUGGACAAGCAGCAGAAGCAGAUGGUGGAGGAUUACCAGUGGCUCAGGCAGGAGGAGAAGUCCUUGGACCCCAUGGUUUACAUGAACGACAAGUCCCCGCUGACCCCAGAGAAGGAGGCCGGUUACACGGAGUUCACGGGGCCCCCCCAGAAGCCACCGAGGCUGGGCGCACAGUCCAUCCAGCCCACGGCUAACCUGGACCGGACGGACGACCUGGUGUACCUCAACGUCAUGGAGCUGGUGCGGGCAGUGCUGGAGCUCAAGAACGAGCUCACGCAGCGGCCGCCCGAGGAGUACGUGGGGGUGGUGAAGAACGUGGGCAUGACCCUGCGGAAGCUCAUCGGGAGCGUGGACGACCUCCUGCCCUCCCUGCCGCCUCCCUCGCGGACAGAGAUCGAGGGGACCCAGAAACUGCUCAACAAGGACCUGGCCGAGCUCAUCAACAAGAUGCGGCUGGCCCAGCAAAACGCAGUGACGUCCCUGAGCGAAGAGUGCAAGCGCCAGAUGCUCACGGCCUCCCACGCCCUGGCUGUGGACGCCAAGAACCUGCUGGACGCCGUGGACCAGGCCAAGGUCCUGGCCAACCUGGCGCGCCCACUUGCAGAGUGACUGGGGCGCGUGCCCGCGUCUCGCCCUGCCUGCAGCCUGCGCGCCCUCCCCCGCCCCGGCCCUGCCUCACCUCUGGACACCUGGAUCUGCUGGGGGAUGGCCCGAGGGGGUCCUGCCCUUGCCACUUUGCACGACCCCGUCUCCCCACCCCGGCCCCAGACUGUGCUGCUCAGGCUGCAGCUGAACGGAGGACCCAGGGUUGUAGAAGCAGUGACAGAGGGCUCACGGGGAGCCAUGCGCUGGCCACACCCUCCUCACACCUGCCCGAACUGUUGGGGGUACAGGGGUGCAUCCGGUGGCCAUGAGCGCUUCAUGCAUGGACAAGGCAGGCCAAUUUGGGGACCAAGCCAUUCCUUCUUCUUCCUUGGCCCGUGGAGGCCCCUCCCUUGGGGGCCGGCAGCUGGCGAGGUGCGGGGGGCUGGCUUUCUUGUACAGUGUAUAUUGGGAUUUAUUUAAUGUGACCGUCUGGGCUGACAGUGGGUGCCCCGGAGCCUGGGACAGUCCAGAGCAAGCUGUGGGAGGCCGGGCCCAGCACCCCCAUUGUCAGCAGGACGUGGGUCGGGAGAAGGGGAGAGGCGAGGCCCCAAUGCCCCCCGGACAGCCAUUCCCCCAACUCGUCCCUCCUCCCUCCCUCCUCCCCUUUUCUUACUCCUUCUGGCCCUUCCCCCACCCGCCUCAUCCACCAAAGUGUCUCUAGAGAACACUUUCACCUUUCUACAUGACUAUAGAUCAGUAAAAU